AUGUCUAGUACUUCCGAUAAACCAUUUACCGAUACACAAAUAAUCUACUUUCUAAUUUUUCAAGGAAUAUUUACUAUCUUGACGGUUUUCUAUUUCCUACAAGUCCAGGGACGAUACUUUAGAAAAAGUAAAAGUACAUCUCAUGGAAGUGCAUAUGAAAAAUAUAUACUCGAAAAAGAAUUGAUUAAAGAAGCCGAAAAGAAAAAUGAAUCGAAAAAGAA